AUGGCCGCAUGCCUGAGGGGACGAAGGGACCAGCUGCAUGCAGCGGAUACAACCUCCUCACAGGCAUUCCCUCUUCGCAUGGGAAUGAACGGCCAACUGCAGUACUGGCCAUUCUCCUCCUCAGACCUCUACAACUGGAAACAUAAUAACCCUCCUUUUUCUGAGGACCCCUCUAGGUUGACUGCUCUGAUUGAAUCUAUUUUGAUUACCCAUCAGCCUACAUGGGACGACUGCCAACAGCUGCUGCAGGCCCUGCUGACUUCGGAGGAACAGCAGAGGGUCCUCCUGGAAGCCCGGAAGGAAGUCCGGGGACCUGAUGGCCGCUCCACCCAAUUGCCUAAUGAAAUAGAUUCUGCCUUUCCCCUUGAACGCCCCUCUUGGGAUUUCACCACGGUGGAAGGUAGGAAUCACCUAGCCCUCUAUCGCCAGUUGCUCAUAGCGGGUCUCCACAGGGCGGCUCGACGCCCAACGAAUUUGGCUCAGGUAAAGCAGGUUAUACAGGGGUCAGAGGAAACUCCCUCUGCGUUCCUUGAGAGGCUCAAAGAGGCUUACCGCAGAUAUACUCCCUAUGACCCUGACGACCCCGGACAGGAGACCAAUAUCUCCAUGUCUUUUAUUUGGCAGUCAGCUCCAGAUAUCAGAUGCAAGCUGGAGAGUCUAGAGAACCUCAGGGAAAGCUCACUCAGGGAUCUGCUAAAGGAAGCAGAAAAGAUUUUCAAUAAGAGGGAGACUCAGGAGGAGAGGGAGGACCGCCUAAGAAAAGAAGCUGAGGAGAGGGAAAAGGAAAGGGAAAAAGAGAGGGACCGCAAGAGACAUAAGGAAAUGAGUAAACUUUUGGCCACCGUAGUGUCAGGGCAAAGACAGGAUAGACAGGGGGGAGACAGAAGAGGGCUACCCCUCGACAAGGACCAAUGUGCCUACUGGAAAGAAAAGGGGUCUUCACCCAAAGGCUGGGGCCCUGGCGGCGGCCAAUAG